AUGGCGAGCGUGUGCGCGCUGCUGCUGGCCGCCGUGCUGCCGCCCGUGGCCGCGCUGCUGGUGGCGGUGGUCGGACGGGCGGCGGCGCGCGGGGUGGGGGCGCUCGCCCGCGCGCACUACGCGUGGCCGCCGGCGGCGGCGGCGCCGUCCGUGCACGCGCGGAAGUGCGGCAGGCGGGCGGCGCCGGAGCAGCCGGACCGCGAGCUGCGCGUGUCGCGGCAUCGUGGGGGCGGGGGCGCGGCGGUGGAGUGCGCGGUCUGCCUGAGCGGCGUGGAGGAGGGCGACGAGGUGCGCGAGCUGCGGUGCCGGCACGUGUUCCACCGCGCCUGCCUCGACCGGUGGCUCGCGACGCCGCCGGCCACCUGCCCGCUCUGCCGCUCCCGCCUGCUGACGGCGCCGCCGGUAGAGGAGGAGGGGGAGGAGGAGCUGGACCUCGACUCCGACCUGCUUCUCCUCAUGGCGUACGUCCACGGCGGCGGCGGCGGCGGCGGCGGCGGCAGCUGGUUCUGGUCGCCGUGAUCACCGCCCGCGCCCGUGACCCAUGCCAUGCCCGAGGAUCACCUGUACGGCGUACGGACGCGUGUGGGUGCGCCGGCACGUACGCAGAGCACGUACGGUGGCCUGGGCGCACGUUCCCGGCGUUUUUUGUAUAUUGUUUUUCUCUGAGAUAGAUGGUCCGUUCGUUUCGUCUGUCCUUUCUUUUUUUGGUUGUGGCUCGUGCACGGUGUACAGUACGUACGACGGAGGCGGUGGACGGUAUGGAGCUUAGCUGGGUUUUCUCGCAGUUUGUUAAUGGCGCGCAUGCAUGGCGGAUUGGAAGAUCGUGGCGCCUGGCGGUCGCCACGUACGCGUGCGAAUGAGCACGUUGUUCCCUCUUUCCUCGACGUGUGUCUCACUGGGCGACGUCCCGCUCGCUCACGACUCACGAGAGGGCUAGAGAUCUCCCUGUCUGUCUCCUGCGCGCGCAGGCCGCAGGUCGCAUCUCAUCCUCUGGGUCUGGGACUUCAUUUUCUUGUGCUGAUAGUGGCCGGCCUUAAGAGCAAUUUCAAUCGAUCGAAUCCAAAGCUUUUCGUUUA